UGCAGCGCGCUCGCUUUUGGCUUUCAAGAGAGAAUUGGAACAACAAACAAGGCCUUGAAUCCAAACCAGGAAAUACAAAAAAGAAAGAACGAGCAGACAAUCCAUCUGAGCCACGACGCCUGGAUUCCUGCGCAUUGAAUUCGCCUUUGGCCUUCCAUCUUCCUGCCACCAUCCCUUCCAAAUGGGAAGCUUUUGGCGAUUGGGACACGCCCCACCUUUUCUCCUCCAAGAGAGGAGGGACCCAAAUGGUUUGGUGUGUGAUGCUUGUCUUUUGGCUAGCAAGGUCAGACGGUGCCAAGCUACACGUUUCUUUCUAGUCUCGCCCUUCUAUCGAAUUCUCCUUUCCAUUUUGCCGCUUAAAACCAUACCCCCUUUAGCCAGCGCUAUUUGUUUUUGGCCAUUUUUGCGGAUCAAUGAUCAUGGACCACCACUUAGCAGAAGUUUUUUCCUCGUCCCGAGUAUAUAAGUAGCGGGGCCUGGCUAGCACUCUCUAGAACAGGGUAGAGAAGAAGAAGAAGAGUGUACCACUCUAGAGCUUUGCAUUUUCCAAGUUCCAAGAGCCCAAGCUUCCCGGAGAAGAAGUCUAGAGCUCCAAGCUCGAACGAUGUCAACUAUGGCGAAGAUCCACAACGUCCGGAUCCUCGGCCAAGGCCGAGAGCUCGUGGUUCUCUCCCACGGCUUUGGAGCCAGCCAAGGCGCGUGGGAGGGGCUCCUCCCGCAUCUCUUGCCGCGCUACUCCGUGCUGCUCUACGAUCUCCGGGGGCAUGGAGGAGCUACUAGCGACGAUGACUUUGAUGCGUCCAGGUACCGGAGCAUGGAAGGCUUUGCCGAGGAUCUCAUCGCCAUCCUGUCCGAGCUCCAGCUCGGCAAGUGCCUCUACGUCGGCCACUCCAUGUCGGGCUUGAUUGGCUGCCUCGCCGCCGCCGCUCGCCCCGACCUCUUCUCCAAGCUCGUCCUCCUCGGAGCUUCGCCCAGGUACAUCAAUGACGCUGGCUACGAGGGAGGCUUCGAGCAGCAGGACGUUGACGAGCUCCUGGCCGCGAUCAAGCGAGACCAUGCCUCGUGGCUGCAAGGAUUCGCCCCUGCCGCUCUGGGACCCGAGGCGAGCGAAGAAUGUAUCCAGCGCUACAUGGCCUUCCUGUCCGUCGUUAAGCCCGACUUCAUGCUGCUCAUAGCCGAGACCAUCUUCAAGAGCGACCUUCGCAAAGUCCUGUCGCUCGUCACUGUGCCGUGCCAUGUUAUCCAGACCAAGGAGGAUUUCGCGGUGCCGCAAGCCGUGGCCAAGUAUCUCCACCAGCAGCUGGGAGGGGAGCUGGAGAUCCUGGAUGCCCGCGGACACCUCCCGCACGUCACGCAUCCUCAGAUCCUGGCUCCGGUUCUCACGAGGCUUCUGAGCGAGGAGUAGUCGAGCAGAGUGUCGAGUGUGAGUCCAUGGAUCCAGUUGCUAGAUUGCCUGGAAAGUUUGUGCAAAAAGUCUUUGCUACGAGUUUGUCGUCUUAGGAUCUGGAAAGCUACCUCGAGUGAUGGAAGUGAAUCGAUUGCAAUCGUAAAAGCUGUGUCGGAAAGGAAAGGAGGUUGCCUCCACUCGACGGUGCUGCUAGAGGACAAGCUGCGCCGGAGGAAUAGUUCGUCGCAGAGACUGUAACACAGAGCUUUCAAUGCUGCUGGAAACAUAAAAACAAGAGCUUUGCUUACCA